AUGCACUCGUUGCAUGCAGAUGUUGAAGAUAUGCUUUAUAUUAAAGGGGCGCCAGAUGUCCUGAUUCCGAGAUGCAGCAGUGUAGUUCAAAAGGAUGGCACCGUUAAGCCCCUUUCGAGCGUGGAUUUAACACACAUCGAAUCGGUCAAGAACAAAUGGUCACUCAUGGGCAAACGCGUAAUUCUUGUUGCGCAAAAAACACUUAGGCCAAGUGCUGACCACCUGCUGUCGUCCUCAAAUACCGAAAAAGCUGUGGUGAGAGAAGCUAAGGAGGGUUUGACUUUCGUGGGACUUCUUGGUCUAAUAAUAGAUCCAAUUAGAGACGAGAUACCUAGUGUCAUUCAAACACUACGUACUGCUGGCAUUCGCUUAAUGAUGGUAGUGACAGGAGACUUCAAACUUACUGCGCACUCAAUCGCUAUUGAUUGUGGAAUUAUAAAAACUACUCGACCUCUUAUUCACGGAGCCACAGAGCUCGAUCGUGAUUUCGUAUUUUCACCAGAGAAGUUGCAAAACUUUCGGUCAAUUGUUAUAAGUGGUCCUGAGCUGAUAACUCUCAAUGAAAACCAAUGGGAACAACUCUGCAACUACCAGGAAAUCGCACGUGAGAAUAUCGUAGCUAUGACAGGCGAUGGUGUCAAUGAUGCCCCGGCCUUGAAGGAAGCCCAUGUGGGUGUUGCUCUUGGUAGUGGUUCCGAUAUUGCUAUAGAGGCAGAGGACAUGGUGCUACUGGAUUCCUUUGCUGCAAUUGUUGAAGCUGUUAAAUAUGGGCGUGUGGUCUUUGAUAACUUGAAAAAGACUAUUCUCUACCUUCUUCCGGCUGGCAGCUUUAGCGAGUUUUGGCCGGUUAUGGCGAAUGUCGCUCUUGGUAUUCCGCAGGUUCUGUCUUCAUUUCUAAUGAUUAUCAUCUGUCUCUUUACGGACGCUGCUGGUGCCAUCACCCUGGCAUACGAGAAGCCGGAAGCUGAUGUGCUCCUUCGACCACCCCGUGUUCCAAGGAAGGAUCGCCUGGUGAACACCAAGCUCAUACUCCAUGCCUAUGGAUUUGUCGGCGUCUAUGAAUGCGCCCUUUCUUUUAUCAUGGCAUUUUGGUAUAUGGAGAGACGGGGUAUUCCUUUUAGCGCCCUGGCGCUGAAAUACGGCAAUUUAGAUCCCGAAUACGACCCCAAGUACGUUGUCGAGAUAACCAAUAAGGCCUCCUCGAUCUAG